AUGAUUUUUAAUUGCAAGUAUUGUGGCAAUAAAUUUGUUGCUAUUAGUCAAGCCAGCCACUUUAGAUGGUGUUGCCUUCAUUGCACCUCAUUAACUGAUCUCGUAGCAUUGAUAAGCGAUGCACAAUUGCCUGCAGGAUUACAUUCUUUACUUUUAUGUUUGAACCCUCGCUCAACUGUCAGCUUUUUACACGAUAUUAAUAAUAUUUUUUAUGAUACUGCUUGGGAUGAAGCGAGAUUCCGUCAUGUUUUGCUUUUGUUUAGAUUAAAAGUCAACAAAUCUUCCACUCAAUUUACUUUGAAGAGUCACAUAACUUAUAAACGCAUUUCGAAGUCUACAAAAAAAUAUUUAUUGACAAUAAAUGCAGAACUCACUACUGAACAUUAA